CAUCGAAAGGAUAUUGUGGAGUUUUCGCCGAAAUGAGCCUGACCAGAAGCUACCUCGUGACCUUCCUAUUUUACGUCUCCAUUGUCAACCAGAUUCGUCUGCCAUUGGUGAGAUGCCAGGGAGAGCCGAGCACGCAGUGCGUACCUAAGAGAGACUUUGUGGCUCUCUCACGUCUCCCGGAAGUCAGAUUCUACUUAUCAGCUUAUUCAAGAACGGCGAGAAUGAUUCAUAGCAGAAACCGAAACGACAUUACGUACUUAUUGGCUUUGAUCGAUCAAGUUGACGACGAUACGGAAAUCUGCAUACCUACUAGGCUUUACAUAGAGCUGUUUAGAGAUCCAAUUAUGCGCGGAGACUUUCUCGGACGAAUGAAGAAACUACCAGACAUAUCGGGACGUUUCAUGGACGACAGCGAAGAAAUCGACACAGGCGUACCGCUACCGAGCUCUCAAAAAAGAAGCAUCGCGAUGCUAGCCAAAAACGAUGAUUUGCCGAUCUCCUUGCAAGACCGCCUCGGGGAAAACCAAGACGAUGAAGAAAAGAGAACUAUGGUUUCCAGCAGGCCACGCUACAUCGACGAACCCGUGCCGAGCAGUCCCAGAAUUCUUCCCCGGCCGAUCUUGGAUUCGGAAGCUUUUGCGCCAGAUUACGUAAUCGAAAAAAGACAAUUCGGCCGUAGCCAGUUUUCAUCGCCCAACGAUGAAAAUGGCGAUGAGGGAGUGCUAGUACCAACCGCGGGGAAAAGAAAUGUCGCAUCCCUGGCCAGGACUUACACGUUACCUCAAAACGGCAAGAGGAACGUUGGAGUCUCAUCCAAAGAUUUUCAAAACCUGUUUUCGGACAGCGACGUGCCCGUGCCGAGCAGUCCCAGAAUUCUUCCCCGGCCGAUCUUGGAAUCGGAAGCUUUUGCGCCAGAUUACGUAAUCGAAAAGAGACAUUCGGGCCGUAGCCAUCUUCCAUCGCUCGACGGUGAAAAUCCAGGCAUAUUACCUCAAAACGGCAAGAGGAACGUUGGAGCGUUAGCCAGAGAUUACGGACUUCCACACGCCAAACAAAAUCUAGGUUCCUUAUCCCGGACUGGUGGCGAUUACCCGACGCGCCAGUACAGCAAAAGAAGCGUCUCCUCUUUAGCAAAGAACAGAGCCUGGCCGAUUACCUUGAAGAGAGGCAUCUCCGUUCCGACCAGCGUGAUUUUGAGAACCAUUUCUCGCCAGGGUAGAUCAUUGGCGAACCUAGCGAAUAUUCAGGACCUCGCGAGCGCGGCACUUGCUCAGAAAGAUAAUUACGAAAGCGAUGUUUACGGGGACGACAAGCUGAAUGAUUCGCAGACGACCGACGGGUUGUACGAAAGAAUCGAUUCCGCGAACAGGAGGCCUAACAAACAGCUCAGUUUCUCCGACGAGUACCCGUUGCCGGUAAUGCAAAAUACCAACGGAUUCGAUUACGAGGAAAUGAUGGAGGCACUGGGCGAUCAGUAUCUGAAUGCUGAAAAAAGGUUCAUGGGUUCUCUGCCAGAGAUGCAGCCGAAGGUAGAACAGUCCCAGUACCCAGAAACAUUUCGAGCAAGUAAAAGACACAUCGCAGCGGCGGCACGACUUGGUUGGCUUUCAUCUUUAAGGGCCUCACGAUUUUCGCGAUCACCCCGGUAUCUAGUUAGCAGGGAGAAUACCGCAGAUGGGUCGUCGUCCAACGCCUCCUCCGCCUCGUCAACAAGGUCUUUAAGGCCACACUUCGAACCGGGUGCGCCGCACGUUCAAGCCUUGCACGGAGAUUGUCGACACGGCUUCAAGAGGUUUAGGUUGUAAUCGACAGCCGAUAAUUUUCCUCGUCAGAAAUUCCCCAGAUCCAUGGAAAUCGAUUACUCAAUUUCUUGCGUACGAAAUUAAUGCUAUUAAUCAGUUCGUUUCGACGGUUUCAUUAACGGAUACGGAACAAAAAAAAAAGGAGAAAAAAGAAAUCCGGACAGUUUAAACACGAUCUUCUGAAGUAUUCCAAUCUUUUAGCCAGCGUGGAGACUUAGAAUACUGUUUCUUAAGUCUAUUAAUCAGCGACUGUCCGCGUCAACGUCUUAUCGCAGAGAAGGUAUAGGAUACAUUUUAUAAAACUUUUAUGGCAGUUUUUAUCGCAUUUCCUAUAAUAUUGGUCUUGCUAGUUUAAGGCAGGUUCUCCCUUUACGGAUCCGCGGUAUUGAAAUUUCUCUAAUUUCUCUAAUUUCUCUUAUGUCGAAACAUUUACAGUACACUAUACUCUUUGAUGUACUUUUAAUUGACCCUUUGUGUACCGGCUAAAAUUAGAAAGUGUAGCAGAAGAUAUUAUAUCUACUUUUCAUAUUAUUUUUACGGCUUUUUAUGAACGUCGUUCAGAGAUUGUAUUGUUUAUAACUGACAUUAUAUUCACAUUAUAAAUUAUUUCAAAAUCAUGGUAGAUAAAGGUUUUCAUAAAUGCUACAAAUUAAACGACGGUUAAAGUUGCACACCGCAUCAUUAUUGAAACAUUUGUUUAUUUAAUAUCGUAAACAAAAAAUGGAUCGAACGUUAAAUCUAUCCUAUACCCUGUCUCUUGUUCCGCAUUUUUAUUUGUCAUCGUUGUUCCCACCAUCAUUCGUUUGAAUCAAUUCUCGUCCCAAAUUGUUUGUACUAAAAAAGAUAACUUCGACGUGUGCAGUCAACAUAGUACUUCAGAAGUAUCGGAAGAAUGAUGGAGGUUUCAAUUAAAACGCAUGUACUGCUCAAAAAACGUUGCGAAACAUAUAGAAAUAAUUUGAACGUUCAAACGUUAAGAAAUGUUUGAAGCUUUUGCAUCUCCCUUUAGUAUGACGUUUUUUUCGCUGACUAAGUAUGUGUCAACAAUUGUUCCUUUUUCUGGUUUAUCCAAGGAAGAAAUCCAAUGCACCUAUCGAAUCACGGAUCGACGACAUUUUGAUAAAACCUUUACACAAUUUACUUAAUCACACGAGUUUCAUUUACCACUGCUUUGUAGAAAAUAGAAAGCUCUCGAUGAAUUUGAUAUAUUUCUUUUAGCAGCCUGCAUUUCAAUUAUCACAAUAUUUCUUGAUUUCAAUGCGUUUCGAGCAACACGUUUAAUCGUACAUUUCUAUAAAGUACUGAGCGACGUACAAAUUUUUAUGGAUAUUAUUAACACAUGAACUCUUGACAAUGGUAUGUUAUAGCAACAACGAUCAGUCGUUUCAAUUAUCAAAUUUGUCCAUUGCAUUGAUCAGAAGUUAUCGAUAACAAAUUAGUCACUUUCUACGUGUAGUUUCUAACGAAGUUCCUUAUAUAUUUCUUUAGUUCCAUAGGUGUUAAACGAACGUUAGAGUACGAUGACAAUGUGCGUUGCUCUAGUGAUGCUUCAAGUAAUCGAAACUUACAUAUAGUUAUAGUUUAUUUUCCUUCGAGAUUAAAUAGCAUCGCUAAGUUAGUUUAGACGUGUAAGAUAUCUGUAACAUUGAUAUUAACGUAACCAAGUUCCGUUGGAAACGUCUUUGUAAACGUAUAUUUAUUUAUUUGACAAUAAUAUAGUUACGUAUUCGACAAUAACUCAUGACAAUAUAAUGUCCAUGUUAUUGACAAUAACAUUAUUAAAUCUGUCACGGUAUUUCAAUAAAUACGACCCUAAGCUAUUUCGUAAUGUUAUGCGAACAUUUGCGUUGCGCCACAAAAUAAGUUUUAAGAAGAACGUAACGUUUGAUUUGUGUUCGAUCGAAUUUUUCUGCUUUCUGCAAAUACACGAAUUACGAUACGGAUACACACGUGUAUUUGAAGACGAUAACCGAUGUAAACGAUGAAAUAGGAUUGUUUGGAAGUUUCUGAUGUUCCCGUACCUCCAGUUAAAAAAAAAAACAAUCUCCGCCUAUAUAUAACGAAAAUACAACUAAAAGUCUAUCUCUAACGAAAGACAAACACUUUCCUCGAAUUAUUGUAACUCUUUUUGGAUAAAUAUUCUAAGGAAUUUUCAUUCGAAUUACUAUUACGACAAUAUUACGAUGUGCUUCUAUGCAGUAGAUAUUUACAAUAUAGUUGGAUGGUGAAAAUUACGGAAGCCGUGACGUAAUCUUCGAUAUAUUCUAGUAGUCGGUGUAAAUCUUAGUGCUCAGGGCUUGCAAGCUCAAUAGUAAUAACGCAAAUUCAGCUUUUAUUUGUUCGUAAUAUAUAUUUCAGUACUCAAUAAGUAGACGAGAUAAAGUAUUGUGUAAUAUGUGUAUAUUAACGUGAUUUUCAAUCAGGAAGAUUUCGACAUGGUUGUUUCCAAAUGAAUAAUAUCAUCGAUUUAUUACGAUGCGAACUAUGCACAUUGUUGUUUGAUCAUCCUCGAUUUUAUGAUAAUGUAUUUAUGUGUUUAUCUAGAUUAUAACGACUAAAUGAAGUGACAAUAAAGCGAAUAAUAAUAAUGAAA